CACAACACCACCAACCUCAACUUCCAGUGGACAACUGACCUCAUUAGGUCCCACCUCCCCAGACAGGAUGCCCACAUCCUCCCCCAGUAGUGCAAAUGUUCCACUCCAUCCGGAUUACCUGCACUACUUCAAUGAGUCCAAGAGCUGGAUCAAUGCACUGGAAUUCUGUGAGAGUCGUGGCUCCAAGUCCAACCUGGUGCACAUCACCAACCAGACCGUUCAGGCUGAUGUAACCCAGCUCCUGUCCAAUGUGGAGCUGGCAUGUGGGGGGGUGUGGAUUGGUCUGGAGCGGUCCAUCUUUGAGUGGAGCGCCCCCUGGCUGUGGACCAGUGGUGAUGUUGAUAAGGUGGUGAAGUACAGAGAGUGGCACAGCUGCUUCCCCCUCAACCCCAUCAAUUACCACUGUGGUAAGAUGGUCCGGGUUGGUAACAGAGAACUGAAGUGGCUGGAUGCUUCCUGUCAUCAGGAAUUGCCCUUCAUCUGUCAAGAUCUCCACUAGAGGGUUCUCCCAUGACAGCCUAGACACUCUGCAGACAGACACCACACUGAUCUGCCAGAGAGACUACGACACUCAUGGGCUGGAAGGAAACUGCAUUUCAAUUCAUUGUAUUAUUACACCACUAUAACUAUUAUUAAUAUUAUUACUACUACUUUUACUUAUUAUCAUCUCUAUUACAUUAUAUAAUGAUACUCUACUUACAUAUACGGACUCAUUGUUAUUUGACCCAUCAUUUACUGUAAUACUUUGACUGUUUAAAAAUAGAGUAAAGAAAGAUAAAUAAGAUAUUAUUAAAAUGAAAAUGUAGUGUUGAACUCUUGUGUGAUCACUGUAGCCUACUGUAGAAGAUGGCUAGUUAGUUAGAAUAACACUAUUGGUAUUUUGUUAUGAUGUAUGAAUUUCCUUUCAUCUUUGUUCUGAAUACCGAAUAGACAUCCAUUUAACUUCGAUCAUUGUUGUCCCGCCCUGACCAGAGUUUGCUUUGUAUGUUUUAUGUUUUGGUUAGUCAGGGUGUGAUCUGUGUGGGCAUUCUAUGUUGU